UCGUUUCUAACGAUCCAACAGCAGCGGAACUAAAAUGAGCGGAAGAGGCAAAGGAGGAAAGGGACUCGGUAAAGGAGGCGCUAAGCGUCACCGUAAAGUGCUCCGUGAUAACAUCCAGGGCAUCACCAAACCCGCCAUCCGUCGUCUGGCUCGCCGCGGCGGAGUGAAGCGUAUCUCCGGUCUGAUCUACGAGGAGACCCGCGGUGUGCUGAAGGUGUUCCUGGAGAACGUGAUCCGUGAUGCCGUCACCUACACCGAGCACGCCAAGAGGAAGACGGUGACCGCCAUGGAUGUGGUGUACGCGCUGAAGAGGCAGGGCCGCACCCUGUACGGCUUCGGAGGCUAAACCAGACCCGCUGCCCCCCCCAACACAACGGCUCUUUUAAGAGCCCCCCACUUUAUACAAAGAGAAAGUUCCUCACUGUUUUUGUCUUAAUGUGACUGAUCACAUGUUUUAUCCCUUUAACAAGUUAAGUCCCAACAUGAGUCCAAAGGACUCUCAGUGUUAUCUGUUGUAUGAUGCUUUCAUUUAUUUAUAACCUUUAUUUUACCAGGAUAUCUCUGACAUUAAAAAUAUGUAUUUAUUUACUUUAGUUCAUAAAUCAAGAAGGGGGAAUGAAAUAAA